GAUUAUAAAAUGUGCAAGGAUAUGUCCAUGGACACAUACAAAUCCUAUGCAGCCGGAGGGACAAAAAGAACACACUUAGAACUCACCUUAUUCCAGCUACAGCUGAAGGAUCAACCAUGCUGGGGGCAAAGCCCAUCUUUGCUGCCUUCACCCUUCAGCUUCCCUUCCUCCUCCUUUUCCUGACCGGGGUCUCUCCCCAUUGCCAAAUCAGCACAGCUGAGGAAUGCCAGAAGAAUGAAAACUUUGUGCCUGGUUACAGCUUGGCUGGAGAAGGCUUUGACAUCACCACGCUGGAGAGGAAGGAGGCCAAGAUGUUGGAUCUGAAUCAGUGGCAGAGAGCUAACGGCACCUGCACCCUGUGCCAGAACCCUUUUCUGCCAGGGAAGCCUCUCCAGAGACUUCCCUUGGCAGCCACUGACUGGGUAGCUAAAGCUGCGUGCCAGAGGAAGAUCCACACUUCCCUACAGAGCUCUGGCAUCGGUGUGGUUCAGGCAGCAGCAGCCGAUGUGAAAAAUGACUGGAAGGCUGGACUGGAUGUGCCGAUACAACCUGGGAUUCAGGGCCAAGUGGCUUUGGCCGGAUCCCACUCCAGGAUGGCUGACUUCACCAUGGAGAAGAGUAGCCAGGACAAGUAUACUUUUGCAAGCCAUGAGGUGACCUGCUCUUACUACAGUUUUGGUAUAAACCACUGGGAGAAAUUCACUGACCAUUUCAAGCGUGCCCUGAACAACCUCCCUCCCAAAUACCAACCUGACUCCCAGUUGGAAUAUCACCAGCUUAUUGGAACCUACGGGACCCAUUUCAUCAGUCACCUUCAGUUGGGGGGCCGUGUGAGGGACGUGACCGCCCUGCAGGUCUGCAAGACGGUGUUGGAUGGAGUGACUGCCGACGAAGUCAAAGACUGUCUUAACAUCGAGGCCUCGAUCAGCAUCAGUGGAGGCAGCAUAAGACCCAAUGCAGCGUAUAGUGUAUGUGAAGAGCUGAAGAAAAAGAAGAGCUUUAAAGGCAACUUCCAUCAGACCUACAAGGAGCGUCAUACUGAAGUUGUGGGAGGGGGCAUACACAUUGACUUGCUUUUUUCCAAGGAUCAGAAUACUGAAGCUUACAAGGAGUGGUUGGAAGACCUCAAGUUUAUGCCCGCCCUCCUCUCUUACUCCCUGCAGCCCAUCCAUACUUUGGUGCCUAAGGGUGACCCAAAGCGGGAAGGUUUACAGCAGGCAGUGACCGAGUAUAUCAAAGACAGGGCCCUUUGGAGGAACUGCACCCAGCCUUGUCCUCCUGGCACCCAACGCAGCAUUCAAGAUCCCUGCUCCUGCGUGUGUCCCAGUACCAGCAUCACCGAUAGCAUGUGUUGUUCCCGGGAGCGAGGCUUAGCCAGACUCACGGUGACCAUCCAACGGGCCUACGAUCUGAAGGGGGAUGUAUUCUCCCAUACAGAUGCUUUUGUCAAGGUCAUUUUCAAGGAGAAAUCCUUCUCCACCCCUAUUGUGCGUAAAAACAACAAUCCAGUAUGGAACAUGCAGUUUGAUGUGGGAGACAUCACAGUCCUUGGGGAAACCACCCAGAUCCAUAUUGAAGUCCUAGAUGAAGAUAACUACGUAUUCUUCCAGCAUCAUCAAAAGCUGGGUUCGUGCAAAGAGAGUCUACAGUCGGGGAAACCACAAAAUAAAAUCUGCUACUUGACCCACGGCCGCCUGGAUUUCCAAUACCACUUGGUCUGUGGCCCCCACCUGGGGGGACGCUACUGUUUGGAUUACGUUCCCGAGGUGCCCAAUUACACGGGGGAUUUGCUGCAACGAAAGAGCGAAGCCAACGCCUUGAAAACACAGGUUCCCUGAAGGGUUGGACCUCCUGGGCUUGUACGAGCAGAAAAGUUCUAGGUUACUUAAUCCAGUGCAAGUUACUUAACCUAAGUUACUUAAUGCAAUGCUAGUUUCCUUCCCCCCAUCUUCCCAUCCCGGAGGGGUGUUCAUGGAAAAGGGUUUGCCACUAGUAGUUCUGCUAGUCUUUUAAAGUGUGCAUAACUCUCCGUCGCUUUUGGCUGAUCAGUCUGUUGUUCCUCCUUAAAGAACAAAAAUACAAUUCUGCUUGCUAAAGUUUUGAUAUUAAGAAUG